AUGCUCGUAGAGCGGUAUUCCGUACUAGGCAAUAACACGAGCUGUGCAUCGGGCAUUUGGAGACUCUCACCCGGCCAGGCACGUCUCAUUAUCAAAGAACUACCUCUGACUUUCGAGGAAUUUGAGAAUGGGAAUUUCUCAUCCAAGCUUUUCAAACAUGAUGAGCUGAGUUCCGUUGUUCAGAUGGUGAACUUUGAAAAUGACUGGGAUUGUUGUAAGAUUCAGGCCAAUUUUAUCAAAGGUGGUCUUUUGCUAUGCAUAUCGAUUUUGCACAUUGCUAUGGAUGGUACAGCUAUUGCACGGGUUAUAGCAGAUUUGGCAUAUUAUACUUAUGAUAAUCGUGGACCAGUAGUGAAGAAGAGUCCAGCUGCGUUGGAUCGCUCUCAACUUUGGUUUGGUGACCCUAGAGUGCCCGAUAACAAUAUUUAG